GGCACUCGUAGUUAGAGUGUUUCAGAGCAUGAGUUUCUUACUGGCAUAGUAAAUUGUAAAUAUUAAAAAGUACUAUCUCAGCUUUUAUAUUUAAAAAAAUAAUCCUUUGAUAAAUGUUAUAAGUGAUGGCUAAACUUUUGAAAGUAUUGAAAACAUUGAGAAAUCAUUGGAAAAAGAGUACAUUGGCUGCUGUAUUGUUAUCAUAUGGUACAAAUUAUCUUCAUGACAAAUACAGAACAACUCAGCUGAUGCGAGCGUAUUGUGAGGAAGCAAGGAAAUAUGGCGAAGAACCAUUACCUAUAGGAUCCAAACCUCGUCACAUCACUGUUAUCUUAAACCCUACAUCCAAAGAUGGGAAAGGAAAGACAUUAUACGAGAAAUAUGCAGCUCCUAUACUUCAUCUUGCUGGCAUGAAAGUGAGCAUUAUUCAGACUGAGCAAGCUGGCCAAGCACGAGAUUUGCUGGAAAUUAUGAACAAUACAGAUGCUGUUAUCAUCGCUGGGGGAGAUGGCUCUUUACAUGAAGCUGUUACUGGCCUCUUCAGAAGACCGGAUGCAGAUUUUGUGAGUACCCAUCUUCCUCUGGGAAUUAUACCUAUUGGAAAGUCCAAUUCUGUGGCGAGAAAGCUUUUCACUACUUCUACAACACUUGAAGCGGAGAGGUUGGCCGAGGCCGCGAUGAGUGUUAUUAAACAAGUAACCAAACCCAUGGAUGUGAUGAGAAUAGAGGGAGAGAGAGGAAGACCAGUAUACGCUGUUUCCAAAUUGGAGUUUGGAGCUUUCCGAGACACAGAAGAAACUAUCAGCAAGUAUUGGUAUUUUGGACCCUUGAAGAAGAGAAUGGCAUACAUAUUUUCAGCAAUAAGAAAGUGGCCACCAGCAAGUGAGAUCUACCUUUCCUAUCUUUCCCCAUGUUCAGGGUGUUCCAAAUGUUACGUUUCAGCACCACCAUCAGUUACCCCUCAGCACCGUCGAUGGUGGGAAGUUUUUCUACCCAGAGGUCCAACAAAGGAAGCACCCCCCAUGAAGGACUACAGUAAUAUAACCAAUGAUAAUUGUGGAGUGUGGAAGGAAGAGGAGUGGCUAUGUUUGAAUUUAGACAUCAAAACAAAAAACGUGGAAUCAGAAGAGUUGACAGAGGAAGCAAUGACAGUAAAUAUUCUACCUUCUGACUGUUCAAGGACUAACUUUAUUCAUCAAGGCGUAAGUCGUCAGAAUGAAGAAAUCUCAACACCGAAUACAGGCUGUAGAAAAAUCCAUGCAAGAGUGUUACAGCUAACGCCAUCAGUGCAAGAGGGUGAAGAACGGUGGUAUAGUGUUGACAAUGACAAUUAUGAAGUACAGCCAGUGAAAGUAGAGUUACUCUCAAAAAAGCUUUACAUGUAUUGCAGACAGUAAUUUAAAACAUACAGAAAAUUGGGACAAUUUAUUGUUUUCGAAUUUAAACAGCGUACAACUUUCAGGUAUGCUGGGAUAAAAAACAUGGUAAUCUUGUCACUGUAUAUGUCAAUAAUGGAAAUAAAUAUUUAUAGUUAAUGAA